GGUGGAGUUUCAAGAAAAUAAUGAAAUACAAGUGAAUGAGUUUUAAUUUUUCAGAUAAAAAGGUCGAGUAAUUAUCAAAUUCUUCAAAACAGCUGAAGCUUAUCAUCACACUCACAGUGUUAACCUUUUUUGUGAGGGUCAAGAAUCAUAACACAGCCUGCAGAGUUAAGCACUCAACACGUUCUCAACCAGCAGUAUUCUCUAUUGAAAUAACAACCAAACGACUAAAUAAAAUUUCGCUUUGAAUAUAUAUACGGAUACAAAAGUGAUACUGUAAAAAAUACAACCGGACUUAAUCUUAUAAUUCACUUCGACGCUUAAUUUAAUCUCCCACAAAUACCCAGUUGCUCAUCAACUGUUUGAAGACAUCUCUAAUUGAAACACAUUUUACUUAUUGCAUCCGUUUAGAUACUGGACAUUUGAAUAUAUAUUUAAAUGCAGACAGAAUAUAUGGCCCCACAGCACUAUCCACCCAAUAAAUGUGAUCAGUUCAAUGAUUCCGCAGAACGUUGUUCCCUAGCCAAUGUAACUUCAGAUUACACAGAUUCAAGUCAUUUUAAUAAAUCAUUUAACUUCUAUCCAACAGAUAAUAUUAACAUGUAUUCAUCAGUAGACAGUGAUCAUUAUUCUUUGAAUAAUACAAGACAGAAUUUAGCAAAGUCGUCAGAAAAUUUAUUCUCUCAUGUGCAUAACUUCAAUCAAACUAUUGAAGCCAGUCAGUAUUUCCAAACAAGUUAUGCCUUACGGGCAACGAAUAGUAAUGUUGUUCCUGUUAAUAAUACUGCUAUUACUACUGUUGUUGUUGCUCCUGCUGCUGCCGCCGCCGCCGCUACUACGACCAAUACUACUGCCAUUAAUACCAUCAGUAAUAACACCAAUGAUAAUGCUAAUAAUAUCAGCCUUAAUCAUAACAGUAGACAAUCGAUUUAUUCGAAUCGCUUCGAUGAUAAGUAUUCAAACAUUGAACACCAGAGUAACACGCAUUAUCAUACAAAUCAAGCCGGUGGUGAACACUUUGAAAAUGAGUUUCUAAUAACACCACAGACACAUCACCUACAUCCUGUUUCCAACUACUAUCCUCUUACACCUAUUUCUCUUCCAUCUCAACAACAGAUGCAGCACCAUUUACAGCCUCAUGCAACACAGCAAUCACACAACGUGGUCAAUUAUACACAUACAGCAGCACCUACAUCGCCAAGAAUGAAGGAGAAGUCAAAAAAUGCGGCUCGUACACGACGUGAAAAGGAGAAUACUGAAUUUUAUGAAUUAGCUAGAUUGUUACCAUUGCCUAGUGCAAUUACUUCUCAGUUGGAUAAAGCGUCUAUCAUACGCUUAACAACGAGUUAUUUAAAAAUCAGAGCUAUAUUUCCUAAUGGCUUUGGUGAUAGCAGGAAUUAUUCUAAUCCUAUUUCAAAUCAUAUAAUGGAAAAAGAAUUGGCUCCAAAUAUAUUCAAAUCAAUGGAUGGUUUCAUCUUCAUUUUAUCUCAGGAGGGGAAAAUUUUGUACAUAUCUGAAACAGCUUCGGUUCUGUUGGGUUUAUCUCAGGUUGAAAUGACUGGGAAUGAAAUCACCGAGUAUCUCCAUCCACUGGAUCAUGAAGAAUUAAAACAAAUACUAACCAUCCAUCCAUCAGAGAUAGCUGCAAAUGCUGGUCAAUCAGAAUUCACACUUGAACGUAGUUUUUUCCUACGCGUAAAAUGCGUUUUGGCCAAAAGAAAUGCUGGGUUAACUACUGCAGGUUUCAAAGUGAUACACUGUAAUGGACAUUUGCGUGUUCGUGUCAUUCACUUAGAAGGCUAUCAGUACUAUCAAAAUUUAGGCCUAAUAUCAUUUGCUUACGCGAUCCCGUCGCCGAAUACAAACAACACAGAAAUACGCUUAAGCAUGGAUAUGUUUAUGUUUCGUGCCAGUUUAGACUUGAAACUAAUAUUUUUGGAAGGCAGAAUUACUCAAAUAACUGGUUUCCAACCCCAGGAAUUGGUUGAUAAAACACUUUACCAACUGGUUCAUGCUGCAGAUGUUGGAUCAUUAAAGCAUUCACAUGAAAUACUUUUGACUAAAGGUCAAGUUACAACUCCAUAUUACCGUCUACUGAAUAAAUCUGGAGGUUGGAUAUGGAUACAAUCGUAUGCCACUAUAGUUCACAAUAGCAGAUCAUCCCGACCUAACUGCAUCGUCAGCGUGAAUUAUCUUCUGUCAGAACUUGAAUUUAGUGAGUACUGUUUAUUAAAUGAUCCAUUAAUGAACGAAGAUACUGUCGGUCAGCAUCAACAAGCAAAAACAAAUCGUGUGGUAACGAAUACACCACCACCACCACAACAACAACAAGCUCAACUGUUACCACCAAUGCAACCGACUACUAAAACUAUGAUUAAUUAUGAGAAUGACACAAAGAACCGAGUGAAUGAAUACUACCGUAGUGAGUACAUAUCAAAAAUAUCAGGUAGAAGUAAUGAUGAUCCACCGCAAAAACGUACACGUCGGUGCAACACUACUAACACCCUCCGUCAUGACAACACUGUCAUGUGUGCGAAUGAUAAUAGUAAUACUAACACUAAUUCACACAAUUCUGUAUUCAAAUCUCAGACAAUGUCUGAACAUUUAACAAACAGUACAGACUGUUACUUUAGCAAUUAUAAUCAGCAUAAUUUAAAGUCCAUGUUACCUACAGACAUAACUCAACUACAGUACGACGUAUGGACAACAGAAAUGCAAAAGCAACAACAACUGCAAGAAUAUCCAGAACCAACAUAUACAUCAGUUUAUCAAGAAAAUGUCAAUAAAGUACUGAAUUACAAAACUUUAAAGUAUCCAAUGUACAAUGAAUGCUCUAAAGAAAAUGAAGGUAGUGUAUUAGUCCCACAAUGGUCGCAUAUGAAUGUAGACGCAAACUGUCAGCUACACCAUCAGCCUCCUCAUGACUAUUCUGUUCAGAUGCAUUCAUCACCAGUAAAUUCAACAAUUAGGUCAGAUGGAUCAGCACUUGUACCCUCUGAAACAAUAACAAAAGUACAGAGUGAUAUGAAUUUUUUGUGUAAAAAAUUAGAUGUUUCUCAACAUCAAUCACAACCACAUCCUUAUGAUGGACAUCCUCCACUUAUGGGAGAAACUAUAGUAGGAAUGGGUGGGUCAAAUGAAACAACAUAUUCAAAUGGUAAACUUUCGAUCAUCGAUAAUUUAAGGAGGUUAGAAGGUCAUUGCGAGGAAGCAGGAGAAGAUGAAGACGACGACGACGAAGAAGAAGAAGAAGAGGUUGAAGGGGGACAGGAGAACGAAGAGGACUGAGGCUGUCUUAAAUGUGAUACUACUCAGAUGGGUGAAGCAUAUUACUCACAAGUGUACCUACUUUCAUUUUGAUGCUGUAACAUAAAUAUACAAGGCAAUAAAAAAGUGUAACUGAUAAACAGCCCUGACUAAUACCACACAAGUUCCCAGCGCCAAUAUUCGUUUGUUAGUUAAUUCAUUUAAACAAAUGCAAAGCCAGAAUAAAAGAUUGGAACUACCAUUUUCUCGUAAUCAGUAGAUCACUGACAUAAGAGGAAACUGUAUCAUUAUCAUUAGGUAUUCUCAGUAUUAAUAAAUCUAAAUUAUAAUAAAACUGUGAUCUGGCUAUGCAACAGAAUAUCUCUUAUUAUUUACUUUUGCACAGAAAGCUGAAACUCAGAUAUAACAUCAUUUUAUGUCAGUGUUUCCUACUUGUGUUUAUGAGCAGUACGAACUAUCUUCUAGGGAAGAAAUAUAAUGUAUUGUUUUCACUGGUUAUAAUAUGACUGCUUAUGCUACUUACUAAUAAAGCAAAAAGGGAUUGGUGUAUGAUGAAAUGGAAACUCUUUUCCUCUUCCACUUCUUUUGUCAUUGUCAUUUGUUACAUUUUGUCUACUUCACUCUAAUUUUUCUCUUCUGUUAUUACUGACAUUUAAAUAAACGAGGUGACAGUGUACAAGUAAUUUAAUAAUUUUUUAAUAUAUACAAAUGAAUGCUCUGAAUGAAUAAAUACCUGAGAUUUAGUACAAAUGACUCCUCACUCAGUCAUUCUCUUCUGAUUUAAUGUACUUUUGAUUUUUUUUCUU